GUUUGCAUCGCUCGAUAUUGUUUUUGUUUAAAUGUCAGGUUUUUUUUGUGCUCAAAUCGCUUCCUGUACACCAGCACUUCUUGCCACAUCCUUUCAUACGUUUCUGAGCGUUAGCACAUUUCCUGGGUCUCGUUUCCUCACGUCCCGAGUCUGUCCAUCUCCAUUGAGCCAUGGUGAGCUACUGCCCCAUCUGCGGGAAGCCCGUCUACUUCGGUGAGAAGAAGAGGUCGCUCGGUCGGGAUUAUCACCCGCUGUGUUUGAAGUGCCACAGGUGUAAAAGGCAGCUAACACCUGGUCAACAUGCAGAGCAUGAUGAGAAGCCCUACUGCACUAACUGCUACUUGAGAGAUUUUGGGCCUAGAGGAACCAGAGCACCUGUGCCUCGUGCCCGUAGCACUGCAACCUCCUAAGAGCACACUCAACUCCAGCCAUGUUACCAAAUGCUACCGUCAUGUUUGUAUCUGCUCCUUCAUUUGGUAGAUCGUCUAACGGUACCUUCAACUCCAACUGCUAGAUCUUCAUCUACUAGUUCUCUAAAUCCAAAUGGGAGAAUUUGAAGUAAUGCUUCUCCAAAUCCAACUGGGAGAUUUCCAACUCCACCUGUUACAUUCCCAUCCCUCACCUGCUGCCUCUUCAUCCAUUAUGUCCAUCUCAAUUGGCUACAUCUAAAUGAUCUCCACAUUAAACUGUUAGAUCUCUAUCCCCAACAGCUGGAUCUUUAUCUUCAGCUGUCAGAUCUCCACCUUGACCUUCAUGUCCAACAUGUCCAUCUUCUAGAGCUCAAGCAAGAUCUCCAUCUCCAAUUGCUAGACCUCAAACUGCUAAAUCUACUUCUCCAACCGCUGGAUCUUCAUCUACAGUUGUUAGUUCCCCCAGAUCUGCUUGAUCUCCAUGUCUACUGGCUCAACCUACUUCAUAUUAUAGAUCUUCAACAGAUAGAUCCUCAUUAACAACCAUUUUGCCCAGAAUCCUAUUUUCCCCUUUGGCUAGUAAUUCAUCUUCAAAUGAUAGAUGUCCAUCAAACAACUACCAAACGUAAUCCAAUGUCAUUUGAUGAUUAGACUUCUAUUAGAUUUCUGGAAGACCUACUUCUCAAACAACACUGACUACUGGAUCCCCAAGUAAAUCUGUUAGAUCUCCACACUCGAGGACUACUUCUCUACCUUCUUCACCAAAACAAUAGCCAAAGCUCCAUCUGUAAUACCUUCACCACCAAGAGAUCCAAACACAGAUCUUCAUCUUCAGUUCUACUAGUUCUUCAUUUUCAUCUCUCUGUCACCUGCUUAUUGUUUAUUGUUUAUUGUUAAAAGGAUCCCCAUUAGCUGUCAUCAAAGUGAGAAGCUAGUCUUCCUGGGGUACCAGCUCUGGUAGACAGAAGACCAGGUCCAUGAUGACUACCCCAGACUUUGUUCCUCAUCCACCCCCUUACCCUUAUUUUGUAAACCUUCGCUCCUCCAACGUUGGACAGUGUUCAAACAUGUCCACAAGAGAAUACAUGCAACAUUAAACAAAAAUCGCUUUAA